AAAUAUGAUUAGAUGGAAGCUGCCUGCGAAAACACUCAUCGUUAAUUCCCCCUUGCUAUCUCGUCCGCAGGAGAGAAAUUGUGAUGGUGACUGUGGAUAACUUCGCUUAUAAACUCAAUUCCAUAAUUUUGCAGGAAAAUCCUGAAGAAAAUGCUACCGAAUGGAGAUUAUUGGGCCAAGAACAGGAUGAUAGUUUAUUAUUUAGUUGGAUUCAAGCUAAGAAGACUAAAAUAGGGAUGUAUUGUUAUUCAGAUAAUAAAUUAACUGUACUGUACACAUUUCCUAAUGAAGUUAAUUGCAUACAAGCUUCAGUUAAUGAAAACAAAACUUAUUUAUCGCUGGUCUUGAAAGAACGAGAUGUAAAUGAAGAAAUAUUUAUUUAUAAACCAUUUAUUUACAAAUUAGGAGAUGGCGACAAGCUCUUUGACUUAAACCUGUACAGAAACAAGCAAAUUAUGGUACAAUUCUUGUAUCAUAAACAGUCGGUUCUUUUGGAAAAUCAUACAGUAAAAUUUUUAAUUUUCAUUCAUCAAGAAAGUAUACUCCAAUAUCAAAUAAAGAACGAUACAAUCUACUUAUCUGAAGACAGUUUUACGUUUGAAUGUUUAGUAAAAGCUUUUACUUGGGCACAAUGGGAUCCACUUCAUCAAACUCUCUAUUACAUUCAUAACAAAAAGCCAAUCAGAGGAUUAGUGGAGGAUGAAGAAAAAAUUCCAACGGACUUGGGAACUAAAAUAUCGCCAACAUUAUCUGGACUGCAAUUUCAUGAUGAUUUACCUCAUGAGAGUGUGCUUAACAUUCCUUUGAAUUUACCCCAUUUACCAUCAGUGUCCACAACACACAGAAUAUAUGAAGACGAUACUGUACCAUUACGGAUACAUGAUUGUUCUCUCGAGUUAGUUGUUUUAACAGAUCCCAAUGGAAUGCUUUGCAUAUGUCAUAAUUAUCUUUACCAGCCUAUUCAACCUCAGGAAAUACUUAAAGAUGAAGACGACUGUCCAGUGCAUCUAGCGUAUUCUGUAACUGUUUUACAUCAUAGCUGUGUCAUUCAUUGUGUUAUACCAGAAAUCCCUUGGAACAAGGCUAAAAAUAUUCGGCCAUUAUUCAAACUAUAUGGGGAACACUUAUUAGUGUUUACACCAGGUAUAUGUACUCAACUUCUAGAUAUUGGACUUAUGCACGAGCCGUGUUGUCACAUAACAUCUAAACCUAUAAUAUUUGAAGAGGAAACAAACAAAAUUGUACUUACGCCACUGGCCUCGGUGGGAUCAGAAUAUGUAUUGAAUUUGGCCACGUUGGAUUUAAUUAAUAUGACAAUUCCUACAAAAAUGUUGAUCGAUACAUUUAAAAGUGAUACUCUUUUGGAAAAUAAACUAUCUAUACUUCACUAUUUAAUUGUACAUCAAGGAGAUAUAGAUACUGCAUCAGAGCUGAUUACAUGGAAGGUGGAGAAACCGUUUACUUUGGAACUUCCGCAGCUUCUUAGGGAAUUUUUAGUUGGAGCUACUUAUUCAUCUGUUCAAAGAAACUUACCCUCAGACGCCAAUGAUUUAAUUAGUUUACUUCCUAUUACUAUGCAAAGAAUUGGUUGUGACAUGGAGGUAAAAAUUAAAAAUUAUGUAAAUUGCUUAUCCCAAGAUAUGUUAUGGAAUGCGUCUAUGAUGUUGUUAUCACCACAACAAAGAAUUGUUCCAUACAGAAGUGAUAUUUGGGUAAAAUUAUGGGAGCAAUUGGCAAAAAUUUCUAAGGGUAAAGUACGAUUUAAACAUAGCCACGUUGUAGAAAAACUUAUGAUAUCUCUAGUUUGCUAUCAACCUGAAGUUUUAUCAAGAUCUAGCACACCAUUAUCACCAACUGGUACUACUUCAACAGCUCUUAAUGACUUUCUAAGUAAUCAGUUUGGUAAAAAAAGUCAAGGUGAUUCAUUGCCUUUUUAUGAAGCAGAGAAAUGUACUGCCAGCAAACAAGAACACGUUAUAUCAGUGAAUUUACGAGAAUUAAGUAUGCACCUUUUAAAGCAAAGCGCAGAAAACAAGAUCACCAAGUUUCAGUGGCAAUUGCAAACACCAAUGCACGUUCAUGCUGUGGCUACUAGAUACGUUACGGCCCAGCUGGAUCAAUCCAGAUAUUUAUGUCAGUUAUUAUGUAAAGCUACUGGAUGUGAGCCUAGACACGAAUUAGAUAAGGGAUUCGUUUACAUAAAUGAUCUAACAGAGGAGAAGCGAUACAUAUUGUUAACAAUUUUAGAAAGAUAUUAUUUUGCCAUUGAAUCGUUAGCAUUUCCUUUGCCUCAAGGUUUUUCUUCAUUUUUUGCCUUUCUGGGAUAUAAGACUAUUUCAUUUGAAAUGUUUCUUCAAUAUGUAACAAGGAAUAUAUUUGAACUACAAGUAGAUGUUAUGAAAAUUAUCAUGGCUGAUAUGAAUAAAACUAAGAUAAAUACUGAAAGAAAACUUAAAUUGCUUAGUUUUUUACCAAGAUCCAGGGCUAAAAGACUUUUAAAUCAAUGGAAUCACCCUAUCAGUUUAAUGUUAAGAUCUAGGGAACAUUCAUUGAAUAUUUUGUCUGGAGUGUCUGGCCCGACAGGAAGAGUACAUGGAAUACAAAAAAAUUCAGCAUUCAGAGGCAUGUCAAUGUUUCCAACUGGAGAUAAUCUGUCACCUCUAGAUACAUUUUUGGAUUUAUUAACCGCAAAGGCAAGUUUAGCGGAUCUAGAUUUCAACUUAUUAAUUGAAGCUACUGAAAUGUCUAGUGAAGAAUUUUUGUAGUUUGUUUAUGUGUUUCAUUAACCGUUAUCUGUGUAACUUUCGAUUGUAAUAUUGAAAGAAAAUUAAUAAACAUUCUAUAC